AUGUUUAACAGGAAAAGAAGAGGAGACUUUGAUGAAGAAGAAAAUUACCGUGAUUUUAGGCCUCGCAUGCCUAAGAGACAAAGAAUUCCUCCCGUUGUUCAAUUAUGUAAGGAAAUGAUGCCCGAUAUUCGUACUAUUGGGGAAUCUGUAAAAGCUUUUGAAGACGAUAUCAAAUUCUUAAGUGAAGCCAUAAUGAAUGAAUACGGCCAUGAAGACUAUUUCAAUGACGCCUUAUUGAGUACUUUUAACGCUGUUGUUGUGGAGCAACCACAAAAGCAAGCUGCCGUUGCUUUGUUAACCAUGGUCGUAAAUUCAAAAAAUAACGUUGCUGGGAAAAGUAUCAUCAAUUACUUUUUCGAAGAGUUACAGAAAUGGUGUAAAGAAACAUUUAAUGAGGAGUUUAACAAUACUUCAAAUGAAACUGGGCCAUGGAAUAAGAUCAAAUUGAUUUUAAGAUUCUUAUCUAUUUUGUCACCAAUGUUUUUAGUUGAUGAACUGAUUAAUAUCUACAAAAAUCUAUUUGAAUUGAGUAUUGAAUUGAACAACCUAGAUCCAAAUAACAGAAUCCCGGCAUCUGAAGCAAUUUAUACCAAUACAUUGUUGAACAUCCCAUAUUUGUUCUUUUUCAAUAGAACUAAUGAAGACUUAAAGGCUAAAGUAGAAGAGCUGCUUUUAUACGUUGAACAAAAUUAUCAAAUCAAAACAACAGAUAUAAAUUUAUUAAGAGAAUACAACGAUGAAUCUCCAUAUGAAAUGGUAGAGCUUGUUCAGGUUGCCUUGCCAAACGUCAAGAAAGCAUUAGUCAAUAACAUGGAGCAACUGAAUGAAUUGUUUCCUGAUUGGAACCAUUUGUUAACUCCUCAAACUGGUGAUGAAGGAUUUAAUGACGCCUUGACGCUUCCAACAGUAGAACAGUUAAAAACUUCGUUACGUCUGGACAAGGGUUUCGGUUCUGUUGAUAGCAUGUGGAGGACUCCAAGGCAUGCUUUCCACGUAUACUUACCAAAUUCUGCUGGUAACUUUGAAACCGUAGUCUCCAUCAAUACAUAUGCUGGCCAAUUAUUCAACGAUAUCAUUAUCGAUUUAGUAGAAAGUUUGGAAUUUAAUAGAAAGGAAGUGGCAAGACAAGUAAUAACUUUGGACCUAUUCUUUAAAGCCGGUAUAUUUACCGAACCUGGUGAAUCUAUUGCUCAAUUAAUCGCCACUUACGAAGAAAAUCCAUUAGCUCCUACGUUCAAGAUAGAAGAUUUGGCUAUUGAAACUAUUUUAGGUCUUAUUUUCAAAUUACCUAGUGUUUCCCAACCUUUCGCGUACUUUUACACUCUGUUAGUUGAUAUCUGCCAAAAUUCUCCAAAGGCAAUUGCACCUGUUUUUGGUAGAGCAUUCAGAUUCUUUUAUAAUCAUUUGGAUUCAUUGGACUUUGAACUAAAAUUAAGAUACCUGGACUGGUUUUCAAUUCAAAUGAGUAAUUUCAAUUUCUCUUGGAAAUGGAAUGAAUGGGAAGAAGACUCCAGUAAAUUCGGCAAGUAUUUUUAUAAUCCAAAGGUGAACUUCGCCAAGAAUCUGAUCCAAAAGGAGCUACGGUUGACUUCAAACUUCUCUGAAGUGGAGGACAGUUUACCACAAGAAUUCAAGAAAUAUCUGGAUACUUCUUACAUCCCAAGGGACGAAUUAGUCAACUAUUACCAGUCACUAUUUAAUGGUUACACCGUGGAAAAAGAAUCAAUUCGAAAGAACGAUUUAUAUUUCAGACAAGAAGGUGUGCCUAUGGAAAAUACUGUGCGUAAAUUAUUAGAUUAUACACAUAAAGCAAAUGAUUCCAGAGAAAUCACUGAACUAGAAAGUAUUCUAGAAGAGUUAAAGAAUGAGCAUGGUUCCAUAAUUUCCGAUUUCAAUAAAUUUGUCAUAAUAUUAUUAGUUCACGCUGUGGCAGAUUCUGGUAGUAGGUCUCUAUCGCACGCAAACAAGUAUAUUAAUGAUUUGAGAGAAGAUCUGAAGACCAUAUUUGACAAGAUUGAAUUGGAUGCUGAAACGAAAGAAUACAUCAUAAUUGAAGCUGUUCUGACGUUCUGGAAUUCUAAUCCUCAAACGGGUUUCCUGGUGGCAGACGCCUUCAAAUAUGCAGGUUUGAUUACUUCCAAAACCAUUUUUACAUUUAUUUUCAACGAGACUGAUUUGAAAAAUAACGGUUUGGUUGAAGCCACUGCUAUCGAAGCUGUCUUUAGAAACUUAUCUCAACAAAUUUCUGAAGAAAACGAAAGUGGAAAUAAUUUUGAGUUUGUUUUCGAAAGAUUGUGUACAAUUGUCAACAACACAACAGAUUUAUUGGGUGUCACUAAUAAUGAUGAAAUUGAAACGCCAAAUGUGAACAAUGAGAUGGAUAUCGACGAUAUUGAAGACGACAAGUUAGAUUUGAGAUGGAAGUAUGUUACAGCAAUUGGGUUCGUUAAAAGUAUAUUAAGAAGAUAUUCCUAUGAAUACCGUAAACUAGCGGAUAAAUUCAUUAGCGGCAUUGACAAUGCUAUUCCACAUGAACCAACAAAGAAAACGGUUUUAAACUGGAUACAAGAAACGAGGGAAAUCUAA